AGAGAGAGAGAGAGGGAGUGAGAGGCGGGGAGAGAGACGGAGUGAGAGAGAGAGAGAGAGAGCCUCAAGAAAGAGAAACGCCGUGCCCUUCCAUCGCGAAGAUCAACGAAUCUUUUGCAGGAUUAGGAACUAAACAACCCCAUUUUCCGUUGCCAUCUAUCGCUUCUCGUGGUUCCCCUCUUAUCGAUUUCGCAGCAAGAGACGAGGAGAAGGGGAUCGAAUCUGAUGGCGAACGGUGGAGUCGAUGUCCUACAGAUCGACGAGGCGUACGAGUUCCGCGCGCCUCGGUUCUUCGAUUUCGUCAACGAAGAGACUGAGGAGGACAUCAAAAGGGCCGAGCUUUGGUUUGAGACCUCGCGCAGCUACGCCCCGUCUCCUUUCAUGCCCAGAAUCAGAGAGGGUAGAUCUGUUCAAAUUGACAGUCUCUGUGACUUUGGAAACGUUGAUCAACAACAAAAGGUGGAAGUAUCAACCAAAGUUACCCAAACUGAUGCAUUGAAUGAAGCAGAGAACACCACAAGAAAUUAUCAGCAGGAGCUUGAAACCAAGCCUUUGGUUAAACCUGAACAAAGCCAAGAAGUAGAGGAUAGGAAAAAUUCUUUCGAGUUUGUGUCCGAAGUUAAGCCUCAGACUAACAUUCUUCCACAACAGAAGACGAGUUUUCCAUGUAGCAUUUCUUCCUUAGCAUCGAGCAAGGAAGAAGCUCCUUGUUUGGAGUUCCAUAUUGCUCCAGGUGGUGCUCCAGUGGCUGCGGCUUGUACUGCCAAAGCACAGAAGAGUUGCACAAAAUUGGUAGCACCUAGUACCGUGAACAACCAUGUGACUGUUGAAGCUUUCACCCCUAGAGCGCAGAGAGUUCCAGAAAAAGGAGUAGCACCGAGCAGUUCAAAGCAUUUAACAACUAGAAAAAAUGCAAGUAUGAUGCGACAGCCUUCUGCUUUAAAGCCAAAAACCAAGUCACCUAUCCAAUCUUCAAAAAGCACCAAAGGAAAGAAUAUAAUCAAACGUCCUGGUAGCCUUGCUGCAAAGAGUUCCAUGGCUGCUGAAAUUGCACAAGAGAAUCAAGCAGUAAAACGACAAAAGCUGGAUGAUGGAAGAUCCAGACAGAUACACAAUAUCAAAAAUAGAGUUCUACUCCACAAGCCGAGAUUAGGUUUAACUGGUGGCACUGGUAUGUCUACUUCUGCUGCUAAAGGUUGUCUGGAAGAGAAAUCAUCGCGAAAGGAAAUAUCACCCUUCAUAUCUGCUGCAGAGAUGAUUAAUAAAUUCCAUUCAAGGACUAGAGACUUGGAUCUCUCUCAGAAUAGAUCACUUUCAAAUGAUGAUACAGCUUCAGUAAUACAAAGGAGGCCUAAACUUACCUUGACGAGGCCAAAAAAUCCUGAAUUUGAAACAGCCCACCGAGUUCGUGCAGUACGGAUUAAGAGCUCUGCUGAGCUAGAAGAAGAGAUGCUGGCAAAGAUCCCCAAGUUCAAAGCUCGUCCGUUAAAUAAGAAGAUUUUUGAAGCACCUUCAUUUCCUGCAUUGCCCAAAAGUGUUCCACAACCACCUAUUUUCCAGGAAUUCCAUCUUAAGACAAUGGACAGAGCAAAUCAACAUACUGAAACAUCAUCAGUAGUCUCCUCUAUAGAUGGUUCCGUUCAGAAUCAGAACAAACCUUUCCGACUUACUGAACCGAGGCCUCCUCAUCUUGAAACGUCACUCCGAGCUCGACCACCAAUGAUCAAGAGUACUCAGGAAUUAGAGUUGGAGGAUCUUGAAAAGAUACCGAAGUUCAAGGCUAGGCCACUCAAUAAGAAGAUUCUUGAGAGCAAAGGGGAAAUAGGCUUGUUUUGUAAUCCAAAGCCCCAGAUUACUAUUACUGAGGAAUUUCACUUUGCAACAAAUGAGAGGUUGGGUCCUCCUGCAGCAGUAGUGCAACUUUUCGAUAAGCUUUCACUGCAUUCUGAAACUUCUAAUCAUGAGAGGAAAGAAGUUCCUAGAGUCACAAUUCCAACUCCUUUCCAUCUUCAUACAGAGGAGCGAGGGUUUGAGAAAGAAAGGCAACUUGCAGAACAGAUUUUACAGAAAGAGUUGGAAGAGGAAAGGGCUAGAAUUCCAAAGGCAAACCCUUACCCAUAUACUACUGAUUAUCCGGUGAUACCUCCCAAACCUGAGCCUAAGCAUUGUACAAAGCCAGAAGCCUUUCAGUUAGAAAGCCUUGUAAGACACGAAGAGGAGAUGCAGAGAAAGUUAGAAGAGAAAGAGAGGAUGGAAAGAGAGGAGGCACAACGAAGAAUUUUUAGAGCACAGCCCAUUUUAAACGAUGACCCUCUACCACUUCCACAAAGGGAGAGAAAGCCUCUCACUGAAAUCAAGGAGUUUGUAUUGCAUUUGGAUCAUAGAGCUGUCGAAAGAACAGAAUUUGAUCAAAAGAUUAAGGAGAAAGAAUUGACAUACAAGAGAUUAAGAGAAGAGCAGGAAUUUGCGCAGAUGAUGGAAGAAGAGAAGGCAGUGAAGCAGAUGAGGAGAACAAUGGUGCCUCACGCAAAGCCCCUUCCAAAAUUUAGCAAUCCAUUUGUCCCUCAGAAAUCUACGAAGGAAGCUACAAAGCCAAAGUCACCAGACUUGCGUGUGAAUCAAAGAGUCGAGCUGCGGCAGGCAUUUCACAUGAGAUGAUUUGCUUCUGCAGUCGUUCAAGACUGUUUGAACCACCAGUCUGUCUGCACAAUAUGUAACAUCUUUCUGCUGAAAGGAAGAGGAACAACUCAGGAACCGAGUGUGUGUACUACGUAGCCAGUCGUAUAUUCUACACAAUCAAAUUCUUUUGAUGCAAUUGUCAACUGGCUUUGAUGCAUUGUGAGUCA